AUGGAUUUUGGGUUCUUGAGCCACAGAGAAGCCUCUCCUAAUGCUGCCAUUCCAGGUUCAACUGAGCCCAAAAAUGACAAGGCAAAUGGAUCUUGGAAUCUGAAGGAGAAAAGAUCUGAACUUGCUGAGAAUAGUUGGAGGGUUACCAAAAUGCCAAGGCCUUUUCAGGUUGAAAUCCCUUCCAAGAAGACAGAAAAUUUCAUUGCUUUUGGAAGAUCUAAUAUAUGGCCAUCAGGGGGUGAUGACGGUCAGAAGAUGCUCUCAUUUUCUUCUUCGGAGCCCCAUUGCCAGAAUGAAAAUUAUAGAAGAACAAGAGGAGGAUUGAAUGAAGGCAUACGAGGGCCUUUUGCUAGAUUGAAAGGUCCAUUCACUCCCUCCCAAUGGAUGGAGCUAGAACGUCAGGCUUUGAUCUACAAACACAUUAUGGCAAAUGUCCCAAUUCCCUCCAAUUUACUUGUGCCUGUCUGGAGUCCUCUCAAUCCAUAUGCUUCAUCUGGAUCUUAUUCCUCUAAUUUUCUGGGAUGGGGUCCUUUCCAUCUAGGUUUCUCCGGCAGCAAUGAUCCUGAGCCCGGGAGGUGUAGGAGAACAGAUGGUAAGAAAUGGCGGUGCUCGAGAGAUGCUGUUCCUGAUCAGAAAUACUGUGAAAGACACAUCAACAGAGGCCGCCAUCGUUCAAGAAAGCCUGUGGAAGGCCAAACUGGCCAUGCUGUAUCUGGAUCUACUACUUCGAGUGUGGCACCAAUUGCUUCCUCAUCAGCAUUGGUGAUGUCCAGCAGCCUUAGUGCCAUGCAGCACAAGCCCAAUUCCUUGCAGCCCAAUACUGUCAAUCUUGUUAACAGGUUCUGGAAUUUCAUCCAUUGGACUUGUGAAUUUAAUCAAUCAACUCCUUCCAUUCCAGCCAGUGAGCUCUUUGGGCUGUUGAUGCAUAUUGCUUGGAAGGUUGGAGAUCCAGAAAUUCCACGUCCAUGGAGUCGGUACUCAUGGAAUAAACAGGGGAGUUCAUUGGAAGAGGAAAAUAUAGUAGCUGGUAGUAAAAGUUCUAAAGUUGCAGCAGCAAAAGGAGAGAUCAAGAAUGGUAAGAAGGACUAUGGGAACGGUGACCCUAAAUUUCAAGAGUUUCUCCAGGUCAUGCAGCCACGUAGCAAGUCAAAAUUGUGGGCAAAUGAUGCCCCCGCAGCUCCCUCUCUUCAGCAAAGUACAGAAGCUAGUAACAAGAAACGCGAAGUAAAAGGUAGUCAUGAGAAAUUGGAUGAACUGAACGUUGAGUUUGAGGGAACUGAAGUAAGAAACGAUAUAUUUUCAGAGAAUCAAGAGGCUGUUAAAGCAAACAGUUUAGUACACAACAAAGUUGUAUCUGAUAUGGAUUACUUCAGGAGCAGAGUUAAAAAAGAGUGGUCAGAUUUUGAAAGUAAUGAUGAUGAUGCUGGUGACUCUGAUUUUGAAAAUGAUAGUGACAGGAGUGGUAAGACACUAAACAAUAACUACUGUAGUUCUGUUGAGGAUACACUUAAACGGGACGUUCCAGAAGGGGAGGCUGAAGAUGGCUGCUCCGAAGAAUCUAGUAACAAAAAAUUCAAAUCAGCUGUCCCAUCAUCAAGUGCAAAAGAUGAAAAAGAAAGAAUCCUCGAGACUGGCCAUCUUGUCAUCCGUAAUCUGCUCUACAGUACCACCGAAGAGGAGUUGGAAGAACACUUCAGCAAAUUUGGUGAUAUCUCAGAAGUCCAUCUUGUUGUUGAUAAAGAAACAAAACGGUUCAAGGGCAGAGCUUAUGUUGUUUAUGUUCUUCCAGAAUCUGCUGCUAGGGCUAUGGAAAAGUUGAACAAUUCAAGUUUUCAAGGGAGAUUAUUGCAUAUCAGUUCUCCAAAAGAAAAGAAUCCUUCUGAUAAGCAAGAAACCAAUAGUUUUACCCAACAACGGUCGAAGACAUUUAAACAACAGAGAAAAGAGGAAAGGAAGGCAUCUGAAGCUAGUGGAAAUACACGAGGAUGGAAUAGUUUAUUCAUGCGAACCGACACAGUCGUUGAAAACGUUGCACGGAAAUUUGGUGUUAGCAAAAGUGAAUUACUAGAUAGAGAAGCUGAUGAUCUUGCUGUGCGAAUUGCAUUGGGAGAAACUAAAGUGAUUGCGGAGACAAAAAAAGCUCUUUCAAAUGCUGGAAUUAAUGUUGCCUUAUUAGAGUCUGCCUCUUGGAAAACUGAUGGUUUAGAGAGAAGCAGUCGUGUUAUCUUGGUGAAGAACUUGCCUUAUGCUUCAUCUGAAUGUGAACUGGCUGAUAUGUUCAGGAAAUUUGGCAAUUUGGACAAAGUCAUUCUACCUCCCACAAAAACCUUGGCUUUGGUUAUCUUCGUUGAACCAGCUGACGCAUUUUCGUCUUUUGAAGGUUUACAUUACAAGUGCUACAAGGGAGCUCCACUGUUUUUGGAAUUGGUGCCUGGCUAUAUUCUAAGUCAAACUCCUAUUGCAAUAGGUGAUUCAAAUAAUAAUGUCAUUGUGGGUGAAUGUGACUCCAAGAGAAUUUUGCAAAAGCAACAACUGGAAGAUAAAACAGAUGAGGAUGUUGAUCCUGAUAGAAUUGAGUCUCGCUCGUUAUGUGUAAAGAACCUGAGUUUCAAAACGUCUGACGAGAAAUUGAAAAGGCAUUUCACAGAGCACGUGAAGGAAGGAAGAAUACUAAGUGUCAGGGUAAAUAAGCAUUUCAAAAAUGGAAAGAACGUUUCUAAGGGUUUUGGUUUCAUAGAGUUCGACUCUGUCGAUACAGCAGUGAAAGUUUGCAGGGAUCUACAGGAAACUAAGUUGGAUGGGCAUGCCCUUGUAUUGCAACUUUGUCGUGCUAAAAAGGGUGAACAUCAACAUAAAAAAGUUGACAGCAACAAGAGUUCAACGAAAUUGAUCAUAAAGAAUGUAGCUUUUGAAGCAACAGUAAAAGAUCUUAGACAACUGUUUAGUCCAUUUGGCCAGGUAAAGAGUUUAAGGCUGCCAAAGAGGUUUGGCAAGCACAAUGGUUUUGCUUUUGUAGAGUAUGUUACAAAGCAAGAAUGUCAGAAUGCUCUUCAAGCUCUUUCAAACACCCAUUUGUAUGGUCGUCAUCUGGUUCUUGAGAGAGCCAGAGAAGGUGAGAGCUUAGAGGAAUUGCGGACUCGAACUGCUGCCCAGUUCACGGACUCCACCAAGUUACCGAAAAAGAGGAAGCACGUGACAUUAUUGGAUGGAGGAAAUGUUAAAUUUGAACUAAUUGCUAAUUAA